GAAUCUGGCGUCUCCACAGUGGGGCUGUUGAAGCGGCAAGUCUAGAAAAGGAGGAUACCCGAUAAAGCAAGUUCUAAGAGAACGAACACCAUUGCAUGGGGUUGGCUCGUCCUGCAAAUCACAAAUAAAGAGCCAGGGUACUGUGUGGAGCGGGGUAUAUGAUGUGCUGUCUAGAAGCGUAUUCGGGGGCUUGGAUAAUAUAAGGCCUCUGGGCUCUCCUUUGCACCGGUUGGGCUGCUACUCGACCAAUGCACUUGAGGAGGGAACCGCAUAAAAGCACAGGAGCUCCCCGCGGCCCGGAGCUGCAAGGUCUCGUGGCGAUUAAUAAUCCCUCGCAAAUUGAUCGCUGUUAGAGCCCUCCCCGGAGUGUCGGUGCUCCCCAGUCACUCGCCGCUAGCAGCAGUUGAAGGCCCACGGGGAGAAGCAGCUGCUUUCCUCCCAUCUCCUAACGGCGCCGAAAUUGGGCGAAUAGCGAGCAAAUACGUCCGCGUUUCGUUGCCGCCGGCUUCUUCGGAUCUCGCUACCCCGCAUCUACUGCAGCCUACGGGAAAGGCCCAGGCUACCGCCGCUGCGCAGGCCCAAUUGAGGCCGCUUUCCGCCCCACUCCCGCUGGCCCUACAGGCCAAGCCGGCGCAGCGAGCAGGUUUGACUGAGGAGGCUGAACCUAGAGAUAUGAACCAUCACCACCAUCAUCAGCAGCACCAGAAACCAGGGGAGCAGCAGCUCAGCGAACCCGAGGACAUGGAAAUGGAAGGUGGAGAAACAGAUGAACCCCCAAGAAUCACUCAAAAUCCUGUCAUUAAUGGCAAUAUCUCCAUUGCAGAUGGCCACAACAAUACAGAGGAGGACAUGGAAGAUGAUACUAGCUGGAGAUCAGAAGCUACGUUUCAGUUUACAGUCGAGCGAUUCAGCCGGCUCAGUGAGUCUGUGCUAAGCCCUCCUUGCUUUGUUCGCAAUCUUCCUUGGAAAAUUAUGGUAAUGCCAAGGUUUUAUCCAGAUAGACCACACCAGAAAAGCGUGGGAUUCUUUCUUCAGUGCAAUGCGGAAUCCGAUUCGACGUCAUGGUCUUGUCACGCCCAAGCUGUGCUGAAGAUAAUAAAUUAUAAAGAUGACGAAAAAUCAUUUAGUCGACGCAUUAGUCACUUGUUCUUUCACAAGGAGAACGACUGGGGCUUUUCCAAUUUUAUGGCAUGGAGCGAAGUUACUGAUCCAGAAAAAGGCUUUGUUGAAGAUGACAAAGUCACGUUUGAAGUAUAUGUGCAAGCUGAUGCUCCUCAUGGUGUGGCGUGGGACUCAAAGAAGCACACUGGCUAUGUUGGUUUGAAGAACCAAGGAGCGACUUGUUACAUGAACAGUUUAUUGCAAACGUUAUUUUUCACAAACCAGCUUCGAAAGGCUGUCUAUAUGAUGCCUACAGAAGGUGAUGACUCUUCCAAGAGUGUUCCCUUAGCUUUGCAGCGUGUAUUUUAUGAACUGCAACAUAGUGACAAACCUGUAGGAACGAAAAAGCUUACAAAAUCAUUUGGGUGGGAAACUCUGGACAGCUUUAUGCAACAUGAUGUUCAAGAACUAUGUCGUGUGUUACUUGAUAACGUGGAAAACAAAAUGAAAGGCACGUGUGUAGAAGGAACCAUACCUAAAUUAUUCCGAGGAAAGAUGGUGUCCUAUAUACAGUGCAGACACGUGGAUUAUCGGUCCGAACGCAUAGAGGAUUACUAUGAUAUACAAUUAAGCAUUAAAGGAAAGAAAAAUAUAUUCGAAUCUUUUAUUGACUAUGUGGAGGUGGAGCAAUUAGAUGGUGAUAACAAGUACGAUGCAGGGGAGCAUGGCUUACAGGAAGCAGAGAAAGGUGUGAAAUUUCUAACACUGCCACCGGUAUUGCAUCUUCAACUUAUGAGAUUCAUGUACGACCCGCAAACAGACCAAAAUAUCAAGAUCAACGACAGGUUUGAAUUUCCAGAGCAAUUAGCACUAGAUGAAUUCCUUCAGAAACCAGAUGCAAAAGAUCCUGCAAAUUACGUCUUACAUGCCGUGUUGGUACACAGUGGCGAUAAUCACGGAGGACACUAUGUUGUGUACUUGAAUCCCAAAGGAGAAGGCAAAUGGUGUAAAUUUGAUGACGAUGUGGUGUCGAGAUGCACAAAAGAAGAGGCAAUUGAGCAUAAUUAUGGAGGCCAUGAUGAUGACUUGUCUGUACGACACUGCACUAAUGCUUAUAUGUUGGUUUACAUCAGGGAGUCCAAGCUUAGUGAAGUUUUACAAGCUGUAACAGAUCAUGAUAUACCCCAGCAGCUUGUUGAGAGACUUCAGGAAGAAAAGAGAAUAGAAGCCCAGAAAAGAAAGGAGAGACAGGAAGCCCACUUAUAUAUGCAAGUGCAGAUAGUUGCAGAGGACCAGUUCUGUGGGCACCAAGGCAAUGACAUGUACGACGAAGAAAAAGUCAAGUACACAGUAUUCAAAGUAUUGAAAAAUUCGACCCUGGCCGAAUUUGUUCAUAAUCUUUCACAGACUAUGGGGUUCCCCCAGGAUCAGAUCAGGCUAUGGCCGAUGCAAGCCAGAAGCAACGGAACAAAGAGGCCAGCGAUGCUGGAUUAUGAAGCGGAUUGCAGCAAAACUAUGAUUGAACUCAGUGAUAACGAAAAUCCCUGGACGAUAUUUUUGGAAACUGUAGAUCCAGAAAUGGCUGCUAGUGGUGCAACCCUUCCUAAGUUUGAUAAAGAUCACGAUGUGAUGUUGUUCCUUAAAAUGUAUGAUCCCAAGAGUCGAAGCUUAAAUUAUUGCGGGCACAUAUACACCCCGAUAUCCUGUAAAAUACGUGAUCUACUGCCGGUUAUGUGUGAGAGAGCAGGAUUUUCACAAGGAACGGACCUUAUCCUCUAUGAGGAAGUAAAACCCAAUUUAACUGAACGGAUUCAAGAUUAUGAUGUGUCCCUUGAUAAAGCACUUGAUGAGCUCAUGGACGGCGACAUUAUAGUGUUUCAAAAAGACGAUCCUGAAAAUGAUAACAGUGAGUUGCCGACCGCGAAGGAAUACUUCAGAGAUCUUUACCACCGUGUUGAUGUAAUCUUCUGUGACAAAACAAUUCCAAAUGACCCUGGAUUCGUUGUAACAUUGUCUAAUAGAAUGAAUUACUCAAACGUGGCAAAGACUGUCGCACUGAGACUUAACACUGAUCCUAUGCUUCUGCAGUUCUUUAAAUCUCAAGGUUACAGGGAUGGUCCUGGAAACCCUCUUAGACACAACUAUGAAGGAACUUUAAGAGAUCUUCUACAGUUUUUCAAGCCAAGGCAGCCUAAGAAACUAUAUUAUCAGCAGCUGAAAAUGAAAAUAACUGACUUUGAAAAUAGAAGGAGCUUCAAGUGUAUAUGGUUAAAUAGUCAGUUUAGAGAAGAGGAAAUUACACUAUACCCAGAUAAACACGGUUGUGUGCGAGAUCUCCUAGAAGAGUGUAAAAGAGCUGUUGAACUCUCUGAGAAAGGAUCUGGUAAAUUAAGGCUGCUAGAAAUCGUGAGCUACAAAAUUAUUGGCGUCCACCAGGAGGACGAACUCUUAGAGUGUUUAUCACCUGCAACAAGUCGGACAUUUCGAAUAGAGGAAAUUCCUCUGGACCAGGUAGAAAUAGAAAAAGAAAAUGAGAUGUUAAUCACUGUGGCACAUUUUCACAAAGAAGUGUUUGGCACGUUUGGAAUUCCCUUUUUGCUGAGAAUAAAACAGGGAGAACCUUUUCGAGAUGUAAUGAAAAGGAUCCAAACACUGCUGGAUAUUCAAGAAAAGGAGUUUGAGAAGUUCAAAUUUGCCAUUGUAAUGAUGGGCCGGCAUCAGUACAUUAAUGAAGAUGACUACGAAGUGAGCUUGAAAGACUUUGAGCCCCAGCCUGGUAACAUGUCCCACCCAAGGCCCUGGCUAGGCCUUGACCACUUCAAUAAAGCUCCAAAGAGAAGUCGCUACACCUAUCUUGAGAAAGCAAUUAAAAUCCACAACUGACUCACCAAACCAAGUAUCCAAGACACAAAAGUGUGUGUGCACCUUUUUAGCAACGCUAGAAUGCUAGAACUUUGGUACACGUGCACUAUAUAAGUCUACAGCAAGAGGAUUUGCUGAUGAUUGUUUUAUUUGUCGAGGCUGUUCUGUUUGGCUUCUCUGUAACUAUUGACUGCCUUUUUUGAAGAAAGCAGAGGUGUUUUAUGAAGCUUAAAUGCCCAUGAAAUUGAUCUUAUGGUAAACAUCAAGCAAGGCUCGAGUCUGGAGAGUAAGAAGGGAGUUUAAUCGAUCAAACCAUUUUGCACAACUUUUGUCCGUAGAAGAUUUUUUUUUCUUUAAGGAGCGUAAAAUUGACCGGCUGCCCACCAACCUUAGUGUUGUCAUUCCACAUCAUUGCGGCUAAUUAAACUGUGCACUGAAGACAGAUUUUCCUCCCUUCAAAUUGCAUAUUUGUGAAUUUGUAAAUUCAAGAACCCUCACUUCAAUAAAUAGCAAUCUCUACUUCAUUGUGCAUAUUGUUGCCCCUUUUUUAGCGUUUCAAAUACUACCACACGAUAUCCUAAUAUUUCGUCUUUUGUUUUGCUAAAUGGGUUAAUAAAUAGGUAUGGUGUGCAAUUUUGAAGUAUAGGCAUGACGUACAAUUUUGCAAAAUAUACCGCUGCACCGAGUUGGCAGAAAUCGAUAUACACCCAUCCAUUUCUGUGUGUUCUGUACACUUACACACAGUUGAAAAUAAAACACAUACUGUUAAACUCCUUUGAGAACAGAGGGCUUGCUCACUAGUGUUUAGUUGGAUAACUGUACAAAAUACAGCCUAACAUGUAUAUUUAAUGAACAUGUACAAAUUAACACAUGGAGAUUCAUAUUGUUGUGCGAGUCUGCAGGUCCUUCAUUGAUGUUGAUAUUCAUUUUGUGUAGUUUUAUUUACUCUAUUUUUUUUUCCUUUAAGGGCAGCAGUGUGUCUAGUUUGAGUGCGGUAAAUAGAAUACAGCCAUUCAACAUAAUUUUACAAUUUUCCUGGUAUUUUAUGAUUUUUUUUUCCCUGUAGCAGCAGUGUACAAUUCUACAUGUAUAUUGCCUUUUGCUGGAAAAUGUUGUCUUGAAUAAAAUUUUCUAUAAAGUUGU